CCCAGGAAACGAAACCCAGGGCAGCUCAGGCUUGGGUCACAGGAGAGAGAGAGACUCCAGCUGUUUCCUUGGCCCCUGGCUCUUCCCGUCUCUGCCCGAGCAUCACAAUGUCGCUCGAAACGCUCGAAACGACCCCAGCCAGGGAUCUGGACAGGUUUAUUGAACGCCACCUCCUGCCGGACACUGAUUUCCGAACGCAGAUCAAGGGAGCCAUUGACAUCAUCUGCAGUUUCCUGAAGGAGAGGUGUUUCCAAGGUCAAGGUCAAGUCCAGAUAUCGAAGGUUGUAAAGGCCGGCUCCUUGGGCAAAGGCACGGCCCUCAGAGACACGUCCGACGCCGACCUCGUGGUCUUCCUCAGCCCCCUCACGAGUUUUCAGGAGCAGUUUCGUCGCCGAGAGGAGUUCAUCCGGGAAAUCAGACGUCAGCUGGAGGCGUGUCAGAGGGAGAGAAGGUUCGCCGUGAACUUCGAGGUCCGGAACCCCGGAGUGCGGAACCCCCGCGCACUGGGCUUCACGCUCAAGAGCCCCUCUCUCCCGGGGGCGGUGGUGGAGUUCGACGUGCUGCCCGCCCACGAUGUGCUGGGUCAGGUGACGGAGCACUACAGACCUUCCCCCAACAUCUAUGUCAAGCUCAUCGAGGAGUGCAAGAUCCUGAAGAAGGAGGGCGAGUUCUCCGCCUGCUUCACGGAGCUGCAGCGAGCCUUCCUGAAACAGCGCCCGGCCAAGCUCAAGAGCCUCGUCCGCCUGGUCAAGCACUGGUACCAGAAGUGUAAGGAGAAGGUUGUAGGUCGCCUGCCGCCUAAGUACGCCCUGGAGCUCCUGACCAUCUACGCUUGGGAGCGUGCAGGCCAGCCUGAGGACUUCAACACAGCGCAGGGCUUUCGGAAGGUCUUGGCAUUAGUCAUGAGACACCGGCGGCUGUGCAUCUACUGGACACAAUAUUAUGACUCUUCACACCCCGUGAUUGGCCCAUACCUGGAGAGGCAGUUCAGGAAACCCAGGCCUGUAAUUCUGGACCCUGCGGACCCUACCAAUAACGUCGGUGGCCAACAUCGAAAAGGCUGGAAGCUGCUGGCGAGAGAGGCUGGGGCCUGGUUGAUGUACCAGUGCUUUCACAAUGGAAAUGGGUCUCCAGUGCGCCCCUGGAACUUGCAGGACUGAGGAGGCAGCGGAGAUGCCUGGGGAACAUCUGCUCUCAAGACACAUCAGCACCCCGACUGCGGACAGCACCCUGGUCCUUCUACAACGGCCUUCCCCGGGCAGAGUGCUCCCUCUCCCCCCCCCCCCCCCCCCCCACGAUGGAGGAGAACAGAACACACACUCACCUGUUGCCUUUCAGAUGCAAACCAGCCAAUCAGAGCCCAGACCCCCGACUCACCCAGGGCAGGUCCCAGACACCUGGGCAGAGCGCACUGGAAUGAUUCAAACGGGCCCAUCCUAGGCCUGCUGACCCGCCUUCCCUUUCCUAUGGGAACUAUCAUAAAGGUUCUUUUUCUUUUUUAGUUAAUCCUCACCCACAGGUAUUUUUCCUAUUGAUUUUUAGAAACAGUGGAAGGGAGGGGAGGGACAGUGAGAGAAACAUCGAUGGGAGAGAGGC